AUGGCUGGCAUGGAAUUCGAGUAUGAUGAAGAGGGGGGAACAUUUUUCUAUUUCCUCCUCUCUUUUUGGUCACUAAUUUUAUUUCCAACCACAUAUUAUCUUUGGCCAAGAAAUAAAUCACAAGAUGAUGAAGAAAAGAAAAAAAGAGCUUGUAUGUGUUUACCAUGUCUCGUGAAACAAAAACGAUUAAAAGCCAAUGAACCAUGGUUAAAAGCUAAACAGAAAAUAGUAAAGUUGAUAUUAAUAUUAGGUUGGGUGGUAUUUAUAGCCCUAGCUUACAAAGUAUCUAAAGUUCAACUGGAUUAUGUGGAAUAUGACCCUUUUAAAGAGCUUGAGUUGGAUCGUGGAGCAACAACAGCAGAAAUAAAACGUGCCUACAGAAAACUGAGUUUAGUUUAUCAUCCUGAUAAAGAAAAGACUGGAGAUCAUAAAAAAUUUAUGAGAAUUGCUAAAGCUUAUGCUGCAUUGACUGAUGAAGAAUCAAGAGAGAAUUGGGAGAAACAUGGCAACCCUGAUGGUCCUGGAGCUAUGAGAUUUGGUAUAGCUCUACCGAAAUGGAUAGUAGAAAGAGAGAAUUCUGUAUGGGUAUUAGGUGUUUAUGGUCUAGUCUUUAUGAUUAUACUGCCUGUUGUAGUGGGUAUAUGGUGGUAUAGAUCUAUAAAAUACAGUGGAGAUGAAGUAUUAUUAGAUACCUCUAGAUUAUAUUGGUACUUUAUUAAUAAAACACCCAAUAUGAUUCUCAGACGAGCUGUAAUGAUUCUAGCUGCAUCAUUUGAAUAUGAUAAAUUCCACAAUAGUGAAGUGAUAGAGAGACCUAGUGAUAAUGAAGUUAUACCAUCUCUGAUGAAGUUAUUACCACAUAUGCAAGAGAAGAAUAAAGAAAGACCAUUAUGUUAUCCAUACAGUGUUAAAGCUAGAGCUUUAUUAAUGGCUCACUUUCAGAGGAUUGAAACAGUUCCUAAUGAACAGGAAAUGGAUUUACAAUAUAUAUUAAAGAAAAGUACAUAUCUUAUCAAUGAAAUGGUCAAUAUUUGUGCUAAUCAAGUUUCAAUGGCAAUGGCUGGUAGAAUUCAUCAAGCCCCUAGAUUAGACACCAUAGAGAAUAUAAUGAAGAUCAGUCAAAUGGUAGUACAGGCUCUAGAGGAGAAAGCUAGUCCCUUCUUACAACUGCCUCAUAUGACAAAUGAUAUGUUACGUCAACUAAACAGAGGAAAGAAACCAGUGAGAUGUUUAAAAGAUAUAGCUACAUUAAAAGAAGAAGAAAGACGACCAUUAUUCCGUAGUUUAGGUGAUGAUGAAUAUCUUGAUGUAAUCAGUGUGUUAGCUAAGAUGCCUGACGUAGAAAUGAUAGUCAACACUGAAGUAUUAGAUGAUGAAGAUAACAGUGUUACAGCAGGAUCUAUUGUCACGGUAACAGUCAUAUUGAAACGUAGACCAUUAGAAGAUUUUAUAAAAGCAGACGGCUCACGUAAACCUGUAGAUUAUAAUCAACAAAAAGAUGGAGAGGAGGAAAAUGAAGUUGCAGAAGAAAAUCCAGAAAAAGAAAAUGCAGAAGCAGCCGACAAUACAGCAGUUUGGGAUAAAAGAAGGGGUAAAGGAAAAAAGAAACCCAACCCAGAAAGUAGAAAAGCUCUAUAUAAAGAAAGAAAGGCUAAGGCUAGAGCUGCUGAGGCGGAAGCAUUGAAGAAAGAACAGGAAGCACUCAAUGGACCCCAGAAUGGACCUACAAAGGAGAAUGAUGAUCAGGAUGAAGUAGAAAAAGAGUCGGAAACAGAAGAAAAUAAUGAUAAUGAAACCCAUAAAGAUGAAGAUGAUGAUGAAGAUUGGUCAAAAUUCCAACAACAGUCCAAAAAAGAAAAUUCAUUAGAAACAAAAGGAAAAGAAAGUUUCCCAGUUCACUGUCCAUAUUUCCCUAUUGAUAAACAAGAAUGGUGGUGGUUAUAUAUGGCCGAUCGUAAAAAACAUUUAUUAAUCACAGCACCUGUACAGAUUUGUAGUUUAAAAACAGAGGAGGAGUUCCAGUUGAAAUUCUGUGCCCCAGCUACACCAGGUGUAUUUCAGUAUUCUGUACAUCUUCGAUCUGAUUCUUACUUUGUUGAUUUUGAUAAAGUUGUCCAGUUUAAGAUUGAUGUGAAGAAAGCUAAGCCAGUUGAAGAUCAUCCACAGUGGGAUAUAUCAGAAGAUGAAGAAGAUGGAGAUCAUGAUGAUGAUAAUGAUACUGAAGAUGACUCUGAUUACUCAUCAGAGGAAGAUUCGGCUUAAAAUAACUCUGAUUUAUUUGUCCAAAUCAAAUUUUAAAAAAAUAACAUACUGACUAAAAUAGCACUUAAUAUGAUAUCAAAAUCAGAUUUUUAAAAACUACAUACUGACUAAAAUAGAACUUAAUAUAUCAUCUAAAUCAGAUUUUAAAAUUUACCUACUGACUAAUUAAUAAUCUUAUCAAAAUCAAAUUUUAAAACUACAUACUGAUCAUUGAUAAUGAAAUGCUCCAUAAACAAUUUGAUACCCAAAAAUCAAAGAUCUUGCAUCUGAGGAAGAUUCAGCUUAAAAUAGCCAUGAUAGUUUCGUCUGAAUCAAACUUAAAACAACUACAGACUGAGGUAGGCAAACAUCAUUGAUAAUGAAAUGCUCGAGAACCAUUCUGUAUUAAUCUUCAAAACACUAUUUCAGUCAUCGGUCAAAUCAGAUGUAUAAGAAUUGCUUUCUGAGCAAACUGUAUUUAUAAUGCUGAAAAAGAAUUGUUGAAACAUCAUACCCAAAUCAAAUUAAAUCAAAUCAAUCAAAGUUUUUUGUAUUUAUCCAAAUCAUAUCAGAAUUUGAAAUGACAGCAAUUAAUUACAAUCAGAGUAUGAAGUUCAUCAGUUUUCAAAGGGAUCAAAAAGAGAUAAUAUAUGAACCUAAAUGACUUUUAGAUUUAGAUAAGUUGGGAAUCAACAAUGCAUUUAUGUUGAUAUUCUACAAUCAAAGUUUUGGGCAUAUUCAAUUCUCAAGUGUAAGAAAAUUUGAAUUUUAUACUUGACUCUCAUAUGAAGUGUUAAUUUCAUGUGAUAUAAUUUAUGAUGAAAAUUGUGACAGAAACUGGUCUAAAUUUUAUUGAUUAUGUAAAUCAGUACGAGAGAAAUGAAUGAAGGAUAUGUAAAUUGUAAAUAGAAAUUAAUAUUAAUGUUAAAUUUAAUAUUUAUUAAUGAAUUGUUUCAACAAGUUUGAUGUUAAAUGUUGGCAAAUAUGUGAUUCUGAAUUCGGUAAAAUGUUCCUGAAUCUGACUAAUGUAAAAUAGUUCAAACAAGAUUCAGAAAGCCUAAUAGAAAACAGAGAUUAUCAGUCCUUGUAUUAAAAUGCAAUAGUAAAUUUACAAAAAAAAUGGCAUUCCUGGUAACUUGAUUGCAUUAAUUAAUUUGAAAUUUUUAUUUCAAUGCAAUGUUUACGUGAUUUUGUUGAGGGGAAGGUAAAGAUUUGUAUGGGGCAUUUUUUGUUCUUUGUUGUCAGUGUUCAGCUUUUGUUUUUAGAAAUUAUUUAUAACUGUGCCUUUGUUUAACAAUCUGAAAGUUGGAAAAUUGAAAACUAUUUAAUAUAUUCUUUGAUCAAUAUUCUGCUAAAGUGUUUAAUUAUAUCUUUUUUUAUCGCGAGUACUAUUCUAGUAAAUAUUGAGAUUUCACAGUUAUUUAUCCAACCUUUGAUUCAUAGCCUGAAAAUAAGCAGUAAAUUCUUAAAAAAAAAAUGAACAGCUUUACUACAAUCUACACAAUGUCAACCUAUUACGAACUGUAUUUUAUGAAGUAAUAGCUUGACAUUUUGGUGAUGCAUUAUUACUAAGUUAAGUGAUUGUUUGUUUUCAUGGCUCAGUUGAAACCUUGACCCUGUCAAACUGUAUGAGAGAUAGUGAAUGAUGUCUAUGUUCAGAAUGAAAGAUAAUGUACAGUAUGCAAUGCUAUGUAUAUUUUUGUAAAUAAAGUAUUUAAACAAUUUUAA